AUGUCGAAAAAGAAAAAGACCAAUGAAGCACCGUUGACGGAAGAACAAAUUAAACAAAUUUUGGAAAGAAUUAUCAAGGAUUCUGAUCAGAGUAUUAUCAGGUAUAUCAACACUGCGGAAAAGUCAAAGAGAAAAACGACAACCUAUAGAGUAUGUCCAAUGUGUGAUCGUGCUGUGGGUAAUUUUGGUACCAACUUUAAGAAUCACUUUAGGAAAUGUUGUCCGGUCAUCUAUGAUGAAUUAACCAAACAUCAACCUCUUUAUUUUGGUACUUGGAAUCAAUUGAUAGAAAAUGGAUUGAUAAAAGGGAAGGUUAUUCAAGAUGAUGAAGAGUUGGAAAUUGAACUUAGAAGAACAUCAAAUUAUCACGAAUUAUGUAAAGAAGAAGGAAUUUCUCCCACAGUUGCUGAUGGUGAGGAUGUUAGUGAUGAAGAUGAUGAUAACCUGAAGAAAUUCAUGAAGAGUAUUGCUAAAGAACAGAAAAAGUCUAGUAGAUCCCGUAGCAAAAAGAAGAAGGUUGAAACUCCAUCAAGUCCAUCCUCAUCUAUGGCUGCCAGUACACCUGCCACUCCAAGGACAUUGGAUACUCAAAAUAUAACAUCACCAUCUCUUGCUACACCAGCAUCAUCUUUAUUCCUUCCUCUUAACACACCAGCAUCACCAUCUAUUGGAUUAUUCUCACCAGCUGUGACAACUCCAUAUUCCUCCAAGGAAUCUUGGUUUACAAAUCCAGAUGAUACUAUCAGUAGAUCCGUUGAAGAUAUUAGAAGUUUAACAGUUACUUCUAAAGAACUUGAUUUAGGGGAUGAAGAAUUUUCAAUGUUAAAGGCAUCACUUUCCAUUUCUAAAAUUCCAGCUCUUUCAGUUUCUGAGACUCACGACGAAACAGUCUAUAAUGAAGCACUUCAAAGGUAUUUGAGAAAUAAUUCAUAUAUUCAUGAAAUUUUCUUUGGAGAAAUCAAUCACGGAGAAGAAUAUGACGAAUGUGAACAUGUUGAAAGAUUGACAAAGAAUCUUGAAAAGAUGAUUGAACAUAAUAGUAAUGAAUUGGAGCGAGAUGAAAAAAUUAUUGAUACUUUUGUUUCAACACAGAACGACUUUUAUUCAACAAUUAAUUCCAUUCAUUGCGAUACUUCAGAAAGUGAACUGAAAGACAAGAAGAGAAUUCUUUCACAAAUUCUUUCCAAACAACAUUACCAUUCUCAAUCAGCUAAAAAACCUAAACAAGAAGUCGAAAAACCUAAGCAACUCAUUGAACUGUAA